AUGACUCAAUGCCAAAGGUUCUACUGGGACCUCACCAUGUUGCUCCUCAUGGUUGGGAAUCUGAUCAUCAUUCCAGUCGGCAUCACCUUCUUCAAGGACGAGAACACCACGCCGUGGAUUGUCUUCAACGUGGUCUCCGAUACCUUCUUCCUCAUUGACCUGGUGCUCAAUUUCCGCACGGGGAUUGUGGUGGAAGACAACACGGAGAUCAUCCUGGACCCCCAGAGGAUUAAGAUGAAGUAUCUCAAAAGCUGGUUUGUGGUGGAUUUUAUCUCGUCCAUUCCGGUGGACUACAUCUUCCUGAUUGUGGAGACCCGCAUCGAUUCGGAGGUCUAUAAGACAGCCCGAGCGCUGCGGAUUGUCCGCUUCACCAAAAUCCUCAGCCUCUUGAGGCUCCUACGACUCUCUCGGCUCAUCCGCUACAUUCAUCAGUGGGAAGAGAACGACUCCUGGGGAAAGCAGUACUCGUAUGCGCUGUUCAAGGCUAUGAGUCACAUGCUCUGUAUCGGCUACGGACAGCAAGCCCCAGUGGGCAUGUCUGAUGUGUGGCUCACAAUGUUAAGCAUGAUCGUUGGCGCCACGUGCUACGCCAUGUUCAUCGGCCACGCCACGGCCCUUAUCCAGUCUCUGGAUUCCUCGCGGCGACAGUAUCAGGAGAAGAGGGAGCCAGAGCCAUAUGCCAGUUAUCAGCUGCCUUCAGACACACGAUAGAGGGAGAGAAGAAGCCAAGGAGCCUUGUUUAAACAUUCGGCUGAAAUUCCCCGUAUCUCACCGGAUGUUUCUGCUUAGGAGAUCAUCAACUUCAACUGCAGGAAACUGGUGGCUUCCAUGCCUCUGUUCGCCAACGCCGACCCCAAUUUCGUCACGUCCAUGCUGACCAAGUUGCGUUUCGAGGUCUUCCAGCCAGCGGACUACAUCAUCCGAGAGGGCACCAUCGGGAAGAAGAUGUACUUCAUCCAACAUGGGGUGGUGAGUGUGCUCACCAAAGGCAACAAGGAGACCAAACUGGCCGAUGGGUCCUACUUUGGAGAAAUUUGCCUGCUGACUCGUGGUCGGCGAACCGCCAGCGUGAGAGCGGACACGUACUGCCGCCUCUAUUCCCUUUCGGUGGACAAUUUCAAUGAAGUAUUAGAGGAAUAUCCCAUGAUGAGGAGGGCCUUCGAAACGGUGGCACUGGAUAGGUUGGACCGCAUUGGUAAGAAGAACUCCAUCCUUCUCCAUAAGGUCCAACAUGACCUCAACUCGGGUGUCUUCAACUACCAGGAGAACGAGAUCAUCCAACAAAUUGUGCAGCACGACCGAGAAAUGGCUCACUGUGCCCACAACCUCCAAGCGGCAACGGCGGCUGCAGCAUCGACUCCCACACCUGUAAUUUGGACCCCGCUGAUCCAGGCUCCUCUGCAGGCCGCCGCCGCCACCACUUCAGUAGCAAUAGCACUGACUCACCACCCACGCCUUCCCACAGCCAUUUUCCGCCCUCCGGUCUCUGUUCUGGGCUCUCUGGGCCAGUCGCAAAGCCAGACGCCGAGGCGCUUGAGGAGACUCCACUCCUUGGUGUCUUCUGCCGGACCUUCCAUCGUGGGUUCCCCAUCAAGCACGCCAUCCCAACAGCACACGCCAGGGAUGGAAACCCUUUCCUCCUCCUCCUUUCAGAUCCAGCAGUUGGCUGGGUUUACCGCGUCAGCCAGCCUGGGUGGGUUGCACCGGUCCUUGGCCAGCUCUCCGUCCGCUGGGUCGACACAGCAAAACUUGGGCAGCCCAACAUCUACCGGACUGGAGCAGCUGUGUCCUGGGCCUCUGGAUUUGACAGAACGGGCCGCUCGGCAGCAGUCUUCAGAUACCAGCUUUGGCCCAUUCCAGAAGGCUCCUCCGAGUUCGCCACCAGCCGCUGCCCCCAGCUCGUUUCCUCAAUUCUCUUCAAGUUCCCCCAUUAGUCCUUGCAGCCGCUUGCAACCUACGGGCAGGCCCCACUCCACAGGGCAGCUGUUGCAGCUCUCAGGAACUGGAGGGACCAACCACUUCCAGUUGCCCCCUUCAUCCAGCUCUCCCUCCUCUGGCUUACGCCAGCUGUCCCAGGCCUCGGGAGGCCCCCCUCCUGCCUCCGGCCCCACCCAGCAAAGUGCAUUAGGCCCUUCCGCCGAGCCGGCCACUGUUGCUCAGUUGCACCAGGAACGGUCCUCCUUUGCCUCCAUGUCUCCCCCAAAGCCCAGUCCUGUACCCCCACCUUUGUACCCGCUACCAUCAGGCCUUAGCCCUCCCAGUCAAAGCCUUCCCCCCAGGACUUUCCAGUGCAGCCCGUCAGGGGCGCUGGGUUCCCAAGGCUCUUUGCUCCUGCCUCAGACCUCCAGCCCACCUCCCCAGGUGCUCCAACUCCGGAGUCGGCCGCUGGUUUUACCAGGACGAUUAACCCAGGACUUCAAGUUGAUCUCCGCCUCCCAACCGUCUCUCCCCCACGAAGCCACGCAGACUUCGAGCCCGCAUUCCUCUUCCCGGGAGUCCGUUUCUAGCUUCUCCUCGUUCUCCGGAGGCGGCAAUGGCAGUGACAUCGGGGGAGGACCCAGACCUCUAGGGAAGCCAUAUAGUUCGGGGCCAGGACGGGUCACUCUACCACGUCAGACAUCCUCAGGUUCUCUGCCCCAACCCCUAGCAUUUGCCAUCUCCUCCUCUCUGCCCCUUGCCGAAAGGAAAGGAUCUCUACAGCUGAGCGGGGAACAAGAGCCCACCCGCUCAAAACUGCCUUCCAACUUGUGAGAUGCUCCUUCCUGCACCCACCCCUACCUCUCUGGCCCGGCCCCCUUUCCUCCCCUUUCCCGGAGUCCUCUUUCUUUCAUUUUCUGCUUUUCAGGUC